GAAGAACUGGAUUGGCUGCAGCGACAGGCCUGGGGAACAGAGAUAAACAAAUGUUAGAACUUUCUUUUCUACUUGGACGUAUCUUUCCUGCAUCGGAAAUAUGGUUCGUGUUUGGCCGAUUCUUCUGCCUUUCACUUUCAUUUUUGUGUCAGCAAUUGAAGAUAAGCUGUAUGAAUUUGAAGUAAAUCCAGGUCGAAAUGUGACCCUGCCUUGUACAGCCGAGCAAAAACCAGGUCUGCAGUACUGGGCAUGCCGCUGGUAUAAGGAGACCGGAGUCCCUCGUCUGAGUGGGCUGGUGUCCAAAGCGCUCCCUGCUGGUCAGAUGAGGUGGUAUGUGGACGCAGACACGAGGAUCUCUCUGGAGGAGGGGACUCUGAACCUGCAGCUGCCCACAGUGACCUGCUCAGACCAGGCAGUGUACCAGUGUUAUCUGGCUGCACCUGUGGGCGAACAGAACAGAGAGGGACGUGUCCGCCUCAGUGUCACAGGUUGCCCUACAGAAGAGCCUACACGUGGGUCUCGUCUGAACUCCCCAGAGCCUGUGGUCCCUGCGGUCCCUGUGGUCCAUGUGCCUGCUGGGAGCCCCUCACAGCUGCUGGUCCUGGGAGCCGGUCUGCUUCUGUUUGUGGUUCUGGGUUUAGCUCUGACUUUAUUCUGCCUGAAGAAAAACCAGUGGUACAACCCAAAGAAGAGCAUAGAGCACCCUUUGUACCCGGACCUGUCCCCUCCUCUGGAAAAACACAAACUCAUUUUCACAAACUUCACUUUCCCGCCAAAUUCAAAAAUGUGCAGCUCAGAAUUCACCACCGUUUAAGUUCACAAUGUUUGGAAAUGAGAGCUUUUGAUUUGUACCAUCUGCAUGGUUCCACGCUGGAUAUACAAAAAUAUAACAACAGACCACUGAUCACUACAACAACAUGCUCUGCAAACCUCCAUGAAAAUGUCCUACUUUUACUUUGGAUUCUUUUACUGAAUCAGUGUCAAAUCUGUGUCGUUGGUGUUAAGAAUAUUAAUAGGUUUCUAUUUUACUUAAAGGUUCUAAAAUGUUUUAAGGAUAAAUUUAGGUAACAUAGAGCUCACUCCCUGUUCUGGGAGCACACUGUUUCUGAAAAUGAAUGAAUGGCUUAGAAGUUUUUAAAGCAUCCUGACAAAUGUUGAUUUAUUAAGGAAUUAAGGUUUAUUUAUUAACUAAUAUACUCUUUACCAUUUCCAGUACCACAAAGACAAUUAAAACCACUCUUUAUUUAGACAAUAGAAUGUAAUUUACAAUAUUACAUCAUAGUAAUUCAUAGGACAAUGGUCCAUGUGUGUAUAUUAGUCUAUGUGCUCGUACUUGUUCUGAUACAGAUCAACAUCAUUCUAAAAACAUUCAGGAAAGGUUCAGUGGGACUUUUAGCAUCAGUACCUGCUCAAAUGAUGAUGCAGUUUUGAUACUGGUUUUAAUGGAUUGGAUCAGAGUUUUGGUUUUUUUUUUUUACAUUUGACAAGCCUGUUAGUCUCCAGUAGUCUUGAACUUCAAGGAUCAGACAAAUAAAAUCUGUCUAUUAUUAUCGGGAGAGAGAAAACCAGGAUUUCUUUUAAUUGUUUAACCAUAUGCUCUCAAAAGUGUGUAAAAGUUUAUGAGAUGGUCAUGUUGGUCAGUGUGUUGUGUUUUUUGUUUUUUUUUUCACUUCACUUGGCUCAUAUUAUGCUUCUGAUUUGUGUUCUAAUGUAGUUUCCUCUUCACAUACA